UAUAAUAUUGUAAACAUUCUUUGACUUUGGACGUAUAAAUGCCGGUUUUUUGAGUUAUGUCUAGCUUAAAGUCAAACGAAAUGGACACCAAUCCGGCUCCGGAUCCCCAGGCGCCUAUCACCCGCAAGGGUUUCCUCAUUUCACUGAACAGCGGCACUCCAAUGCCUAUUCCCGAGCAGAAUCUGUUUGGUCGCUGUCGUCCUGUCUCUGAGUUUGAGAAACUAAAUCGUGUGGGCGAAGGCAGCUAUGGAAUUGUCUAUCGCGCACGUGACACCCGCAGCAAUGAGAUCGUGGCCCUCAAAAAAGUUCGCAUGGAUCAGGAGAAGGAUGGCCUGCCUGUCAGUGGACUCCGCGAGAUCAUGAUCCUGAAGCAGUGCCAGCAUGAGAAUAUCGUACGUCUGCGAGAGGUUGUUGUGGGCAAGAGCCUGGACAGCAUCUUCCUGGUGAUGGAUUUCUGCGAGCAGGACCUGGCCUCCGUGCUGGACAACAUGUCGCAGCCUUUCACCGAGUCCGAGGUCAAGUGCAUCACCCUGCAGGUGCUAAACGCCUUGAAGUACCUUCAUGCGCGCUAUAUGAUCCACAGGGAUCUAAAGGUUUCCAAUCUCCUGAUGACCGACAAGGGCUGCAUCAAAGUUGCUGACUUUGGGCUGGCCCGCAUGUUCUGCAAUCCCCCAAAACCCAUGACUCCGCAGAUGGUCACUUUGUGGUACAGGGCGCCGGAGUUGCUCCUGGGCUGCCGGACACACACAACGGCGGUGGAUAUGUGGGCUUUUGGCUGCAUUCUGGGUGAACUGCUGCUCGGAAAGCCACUGCUUCCGGGCAACUCGGAGAUUGCCCAGCUGGACAUGAUUAUUGAUCUCUUGGGAGCUCCAUCGGAGUCCAUUUGGCCUGGUUUUUCCGAACUGCCCGCUCUGCAGAACUUUACAUUGAGUCAGCAGCCGUACAAUAAUCUCAAGAUCAAGUUCCACGCGAUUGGCCAGUCGGGCAGGAAUCUUCUGAACAUCUUGUUUAUCUACAACCCAAAUACCAGAGCCACCGCCGAGGAGUGCCUGAAUAGCAAAUAUUUUGUAGACCCACCGCAAGCUUGUGACCCCCGCAUGAUGCCCACUUUCCCGCAGCACCGGAACAACUCUGCACCAGCUCCGCCCGCUCAGCAGCCCGCCGACAUUCCCAUUUCCGAUCUGCUCAAUGUAUUCAUCAAGCGCCAGCGCAUGGAUUAAACGAGAACGAAUUUA